AUGGCGUGGAGUCCAAUGUGCCUCUACACUUGGCACGUCUUCUGGUUCUUCUGCCACAGUCUCAUCGCUUGCCACAGUCUUCCGACCAACAUCGCUUGCACCUUUGAAUCGACCGAUUGGUGUGGCUGGUAUUUUCCGAGCGGUUAUUGGUCUACGCCGAUGUAUUGGUAUCGCCGGUCUGGCUCCACGCCAUCGUCCGGUACUGGGCCAAGUGGGGCAAAGGAAGGGUCAUAUUAUCUCUAUGUGGAGGCUUCAGGAUCCGACAACAACCCUUACAAGGAGUCGGGAUCAUCCUCCUCAUCCUCAACGGCUACAGCUGGGGAUGCACACCUUCGACACUUGUUGAAGGAUGUCGUAGAAGCCAACAACCUCAAGAUGAGCAAGGAGGUGGCAGAUGCAAUUGCUCCCAACCCCAUGGAAGAGCUGAAAGUAAUGCAGAAAGAUCUCAACGAUCGUCGAAAGCUGGUACAAAAACUGGAAAAGGUGAGGGUAGCCAAGACCAAGAGAGAAGAAGCCUUCAAAGCCUUUGUGACAUAUAUGGAACAGCACAGGGCAGAAGAAGAGAAGGCCUACGAGAAGGAGAUGGGCGAGCUGAUGUCCGAGAUCAAGACCUUGGAGUUGGCGAUCUCGGAAGCCAAAGAAGACGGAGAUAUGCCGGUAGAGCGUCUAUCGGUGGAAGAAGAGCUUCGAAGACAGAACGAAGACUCACAAGAAGCUCAACGAGAGACCCAUCUACAGUUGAUGAGAUUGCAACAGCAGUUUCAAGCCUCUGCCUUAGCUCAGACAGCACUUCCAGCAACGGAGGUGACUCGCGAAGACUGGAGUGACGAAUGCGUGUAUUCCUUUCGGGAUAUCAGUGAUGCUUGGAAUGAGUCUGGCACAGCUUGCAGCAUUUUUGUUUGCGCGGCGGGUUCGUUUCUCAAUACGGUCUUCAAGGGCCCGCGUCCAGUGAGAUCAGCAGAAGAGCUUUGGGGAAGAUUUGACUUCACCAAGAAGGAGAGUCUUCAGGUCUUAGUUGGCAAUACGUUGCUCACAUUUGCCCUGCUUAUUUGCUUCCUCCAAGCACGACUAGGUCUUUUCUCCUUUUUGGAGCAUCUGGAAGAGCCACAGCGAUACCGAAGGGGCGUGGAUCACGCAGCGUCCAUUUGGCGCCUUGCCGUCCUUCAAUGGUUUCGCCAGACUGGGCUUUUCUGUGAACUGGCGGUUGAACAGGGCCACUACGGUGCCAAGAGUGCAAAACCGACGCGACUCCUGCUUAGCGGCAUCAAAGAAGAGAAGGCUGCAGAGAUAGCCCAACGGGCCAAAAGUGCCCCAUGA